AUGAAUAGAUUAGUAAAAAGAAGUAACUUUUUUUUUUGUGUAUUUAAGAAUGAUAUGAAAACAUUAAUAAAUAAAAAUGUUGAUUAUGAAUUUAUUAAAACUAUAAAUAAAAAAAAGAAAGAAAAGAGUUUUAAAAAUAUAUUUUUUGCCGUUGGUUUGACAAAUUUAGCUAUAUUUUUUUAUACAUUCCAAAACUUCUAUUCAAAAAAAAAUAAAGAUUAUUUUCAUUUUAACGAUAUAACAGUUGUUGAUCAUUUUAUUUUAAGUGAAUUUAUUAGUUCAAUUGGUAUUAAUAAUUUCCAUGUAUAUUUAAAAAAUAAUUUUUAUAAGAAAUUGACUACCCAAUUACAAAAUGAAAGUUACUCAUUUAAAGAAAAUUCGCUAUUAGGUUUAUUAGAAAAUCUAUGUAAAAAUAAAAAUACUUUUAUUGAAAUAGAAAAGAAAAAAAAGGAAUUCGAUUUAUUAACAUAUAUUUUUGAGAAAUUAAAAAAUGAAUAUUUAGAAUAUACAAAAAAAAAAAUUUAUUCAUGUAUCUUAUUCUAUUAUAUAAAAUAUUCUGAUGAAUUAUUUUUUACAUAUGAUCAAAUACAACAAUUAGUAUAUAAUAAAAAUUUAUUCUAUAAUCUAAAAAAUAAGGAAGAAAUUAUAUCAUACUUGCUUCUAUUAAUUUUUAAAAAUGAAAAAAAUAUUUAUGAAAUAUAUGAAAAAGAAAAUGAGUUAAUUAAAAUAUAUACACAGAAUAAUAAUCAAUUGAAUAAGGUGACAGAAAAUUAUAACAAUUCUAUAAUAAAAUUUUUAAUUUCAAGUAAGAAUAAUAAUAAAAUAAAUGAACAAUCAAUAUUGAAAUUUUAUUACUCAAUUAAAAAAAACAAUGAAAAUUAUUACAAGCAAGAAUCAUUAAGGAAGUUUCAAAAUUAUCUUAAUAAAAUUAAUGCUCCUCUAUUAAUAAAUGAAAAUGAUUUAGUUAAAGAAAAAAAUUCCAAUAAUAUUAUGAAUAAAAUUUAUUUAAAAUAUUUUGAAAAUACAAUCCUUUAUACCUUUUUUUUCUCAUUUAUUCUUCAUAAUAUUAAUGCAAAAGAAUAUAAUUUAAAAACUUAUAUUACGGCAUUUAAAGAUAUAUAUAAAAGCAUUUACACGAAUUGUAUAAUAAAUUCAUUAUUUUUAAUUGAAAAAUCAGUGAUCAACAAUUUAGACAUUCAUAAAGAUACAAAUUUAUUUCUUCUAAUAUCCUUUUUAUUUAAUAUAUUAAAUUCCUUAUCAUUUUCUUUUUCUAUUUAUAAAUGUAAAUAUGCUUUAGUUCCGUUGUUGUUUUCACAAAUUAUUAAAGAUGAUUUUUUUCUUUAG